GUAGUUACAGUGCAUUACCAAACACCGGCUACGAUGUCAUUGUUACUCUUCAUUGCUCUCUUGCUGCAUGUAAACGUUACUUUAGGCCACGAAGAACUCAAAAAUGUGGCAUACUCGAAAAAGGUGACUCUUAGUUCUGAGCAUAGCUUAUACCCAGGAUCGAAAGCUGUAAACGGUAUCCUGACCGACUUCGCUACUACUGGAUCCGAGAAACAUCCCUGGUUGAUAAUAGAUCUGGGAGCAACCUAUGAAGUCCAUCAAAUAGAGGUGUUUGCCAGAUCCGGGUGCUGUGGUCUUCAGAUACAUGACCUUGAUGUUAGAGUCGGUAGUGAUCCUCACAACAUGAAGCUGUGCGGUCACUUCUCGGGACACGCUUCAAAUGGUCAGAGGAUUGCAUUCUGGUGCCCUUAUAACACCAAAGGGCAAUAUGUAAAGCUACAGAUUAUGGCGGGACCAGUAAAUCAUCUGUCCCCUGCCGAGGUCCUUGUUUGGGGUUUACAAGUGUAUUAAAACUGAAAAGUAAUUAUGAAUGUAGAAAUUUACUUCAUUUGUGAUUACCAUUAAAAAUUAACAACACCUCUG